CAGUGGGAGGACUACGAUCAGGCCUCUCUUCGUGGUUGCUUGGUUCUUACACUAUGUUGCUUCGCUCACGCUGUGUCACCUCUCGCCGGACCUAUCGGACUUAACCGGGGUGAGGUACUUGGUACUUUGUGCAUCCAGACCUUUUCGCCCGUUAGGGCCGGGUUGAACAAAGACAAGGCCACCAGUAUAGACACUGAACGAAUAUCAUAACUACUACCAGCUUCGGGGCCCGCUGCGCACUUUCGUUCCCUCAGAUCUGCUCCUUUGAAGACAACAAGUCAACAACUUUCACAUCACCCCUUAACUUCUCCGUCACCUCCACUCUCCGUUAUCAGUGACAGCAUGAGCCAACUACUUGUGAUCUUCGGUGCCACUGGCCAGCAAGGCGGAUCGCUCGCCAACUUUGUGCUGUCCGACCCGGCACUGUCGGCACGUUACAGAAUUCGCGGUAUCGCAAGAGAUGUUUCCAAGCCAGCAGCUGAGGCCCUCCGUGCCAGAGGCGCUGAGAUCGUCAGCGCUGACUUGGAGGACCCGGAAUCGCUGAAGACUGCACUGGCCGAGGCUGACACCAUCUUCAUCACCACCCGGACCAUUUAUGACGAGCAAACCAAGGAGCGCGAGGUGCGCCAGGGCAAGAACGCGGCCGACGCGGCUGUGGCGGUCGGCGCCAAGUACGUCAUCUACAGCACCGAGGUGCACUGCGAGGUUGUCACCAAGGGGAAGUACCGCGUGGCAGCCUACGACUCCCGAGGCGAGGUGGAGGCCUACAUCCGCACCCUGCCGAUCAAGAGCGCCUUCUACGCACCGGGCUCUUUCAUGCAGAAUCUCGUUACCGGCAUGGCACCCCGACCCGUCGGAGAAGAUCAGCCCGGCGUUUACGCCAUCGCCAACAUCACCCCCGGCGACGCCCCGUUUCCCUGGAUCGACGUCGCCGCCGACACGGGGAAGUUCGUGGGCGUCAUCCUGGCGGACCCGGACAAGUUCAACGGCAAGACGCUGUAUGCAGCGAGCGAGUUCCGCUCGUACGAUGAGGUCGCCGAGAGGAUUUCGGCACUCACGGGCAAGACGGUCAAGUAUGUCGUCAUGCCCGAGGAGAAGUUCCGUUCAUUUCUGCCGGUGCACGCGCAGGAACCGAUCGUCAACAUGUUCAAGUUUUGCGCUGAGUAUGGAUACUAUGGACCUGGCGGGGAGAGGCUGGUCGAGGAGACAACUGCUGUGAUCCCGCACAGGCUGACUACUCUGGACGAGUAUAUCAAGGCGAAUAUCAAGCUUGCGUGAGGCAGUGUGGCAGCAUCUUAGCUGGGGUCUAAUGGCAGGAGAAGAAUGAUAGUUUCUUUCCCAGAGUCUGUGUGAUUGGAUUGACUGCCCGUUGUGGUGCAAUCCUCUUCGUAAUAGUGGCACUGCACUGAUGUGUUUAGCACCCUACGAAAGUCGGAGUGUCCGACUCAAUCAAAGGUGACAAGCAGCCUGUAAAGAGCAGGAUCGUAAGAGUCCAUAGCCUACCUGAGAGAUGCUAGACGAGCCAGGGGUACUGGUUGACGUCGAUAUACCUUUCAAGUCGGAACACCAUGGCAAGACAAGACAUUGCAACAGCAAAGCGGAAGA